CAUUCGCGUUCUUAAGUGCGGAGGUGAGGAUUGUGUUCUGUCCGACUGCCUCCUUUUUCCUCUUCCUUGUCCUAUUUCCACCGUCUCUUAACUUCUUUCGUUUCCGUUUUCUUCUGCUCUCAUGCCUUUUCUUAUCGGUCUUCUUUUCCAUCUUUUCGUCGUGCAUCCCAUCUGUCAUCAUCGAGUCCAUUUUCGCUAUCUCUUUCUGGUUCAUUCCCGUCACCGUUUCAAUCUCCUCUUGCAUUUCCUUUCCUCCCGUUUUCAUUUGAUCCGUCAACCCGCCCUACCGCUCUCCGAAUGUCUUUUGUUGCUUGGAAGGUCCCGAUACGGCCUAUCCCACGGUAGCCAUUGGACCUGAAAGAGAUAUGGAUAUGGUUAAGCUUUACCUUGCAUCCGGACAUCCGCCCCGUCUCAUGGAUCUAUCAGUGAGGAUAAACCCUGGAGGGGAGCGGUAUGACAGGUCGGGGACCGUCCGGUCCAACUGCGAUUCUGCUCCCCGUUCAACCACCGGUACAGAUGGAUGUCUCCUUCUUUUUCCCCUGGGACAUCAACUCGGCAUCAGAGCCGCGCACAACGAGCCAGGGUCACAUUCUCGAGAAGUCCGUUCUUGGGGCACCGUACGGAAACUCCAGAUGCCCAUUCCUGUUCUCUUCCCUGAAGCAACCCCGCUCACCCUUGCCAUACCAUGGUACCAGAAACGGGUCGAAAUCUCCGGAUCUCACCGUCAGGUACGGCGUCUGCGCCUCAUGUCUUUCGCCAUCGUGCAGCAAGCCCGGCAGGAGCAUGUCGAAGCUCAAGGGGAUCCACCUUUCCGAGUUAUCCUGUUUGCUCUUGUUGAGGCUGAGGCCCCUCCACCUCACAUCACGAAGUGCUUCUUCCUCUCCCCUAAGGCAAAUCCACUCUGCGCGGUCCAUCGUCGGUGCAGUAAUGCUAUCGGAGGAGUUUUCUAUCGUCCUGAGGCGUCACCGGGCGGUCCGAUAGCGGUCUCUAGUCGCAUGUUUGUGUGGUUCGGGAAGAGGCUUCGCGCAAGCCUGUGUCACUGUUUGCGUCAAAGUCAGCACCAUCGUCAAUCCGCUUCCCUUUGGGACAUCCGCUUUGCUCCCUUACGGCUUGGUAAUUGUUGCGUAUCCGCCUUCGCCAAAAUCAGCGCUUGCAUAUGAGCAAACCUCGAUCGCAUUAGGGUCCGGCACUAUGCGCGAGAGCAAUAUCACCGAACCUCGCCUGUGUUUCCAAUUGUGGCACUCAAAGAUUCCCGCAUUUUUCGAAGCUAUGGCCGUUAUACAUACCGGCAUAGACAGCGCAAGUCUCCGAUUGAAUCUCUCACAGUCUAUCGCUCGAUCGCUAUUGAGGUGGAGCUCCAUGCCACUUGUAUUCCAGGAGGCGUGUGUGCCGAUUGCAAACCCAAGCUUCCACUUUUGCUCCAUGGCCACAAAUGCUCUGUCUGCGGAUAGCCUUUGUCCUCCCGA